ACAGAUGCUUGUUUUCAACGCUCUCGACCCCAGAGACUCGUGUUUGCCAAACUAACUUUAUUCAUGUGACGACGGCUUCUCUCGGGAAAGCGCUGGAGAUUUCCGCUGGUUUUCGUCGUUUCCAGCUGACAAAAUGACUUACAGAUAGACCGAACCGAAUGCGAGGAAAGUGGAUCAGCACAUGUUUAACGCUCAGAGGACACGGUUUGCUUAGUAGCCUAUCAUAUCAUUUAAUGAGGACGCCACAGCAAUGACAGAGUCUGAAUCCGAGUCAUGGAGUGUGUAACCGUGUUUCCAGAGCAGACGGUCAGUCAGCUGAAGGCUGUUUGGCAGAGAUGGGCUCAGUGACCUCAGCUUUCACCAGGUCUCGCAACACGUUGGUCAAAGUGGGUUCGGAGCCGCAGAAAGAUCCGUACGGGAAAACGCGGCGCGGGUCCGGUGUGAUCGCAAAGCAAACUAGCAAACAACCGCUGGCGCGGAAAACAACCGGCGCCUCCAGAGCAAACACGCCACAAGCUCCUGCGUCUUCUACAGUGGCUAAUGAGGAUGGGGAGACCAACAGCAGGCCGCUGGCAAGAUUUGCACGCUCAAAGUCUCAGAGUGAGCUAUGGAACACACUCACUGCUGGGACGUGCAAGAAGGAGAAGGUCAAAGUUCAGAGCGACGUUCCAGACGAUCCACGCAGAAUAGAAGAGAUCCUGGCGGAUGAGCUUCCCUCUACAGACGUCCCAGAAGCAACAGAGAAAACUGCUGUCAGGUAAGAGUAAUACACAGCUGGUGGUCUGAUGGGGCUGCUGACCUGGUCACUUCAUCAAAGCUCUA